UCAGUCUAAGUCCAUCGAAGUAACAUUGGCACCCACUCGAGGGUGUGGUACAGUGGUCAAUGAAGUGAGUCGAGAACCAUGAGAUCUAGUUUUAAAUCCCAGUGAAAGGCAAAAAACACUAGGCGAUUUCUUCCUAUAUGUCAAAGCCUUUGGGGACAGAGUUAUCGGGUACCUGUGUCGGUGGGAGGUUGCAGGUACUUGGUGGAACUAGUUGAGGUGUAUGUCACUAGGGAUGUCAAAGCAUAUGAAUAGGUACAAAAAUCCAGCUUAUGCGAUCUAUCCACGCAUAGAAUUCCAGGAGUUCCCCUCGGCUUUGUCCACUUCUGUGCCUCCUUUUUAUCCAGCUAUCGUCCAACCAAGUCCUUGUCGUAUUGGUGCUCACAACUAACUAAUAGAAACCUAUGAACAUCAUACAACUCCUCUUCCACUAUCUGUGCAACGUUAUCUUGGACCGAUGAAGUUGAUUCUUCAUAUUUCUGAAGUGUCGAAUCAAGUGUAGUAAAGUAGGUGAAACUGACAUGAAUAUGAAGUAGACAUAAAGUCUGUAACAGAUACAAUAGUGAAGAGUGCAGGCUGAAGUUGCCUGAUUUCUUAAUUUCUUACCUCACUGUUUUUGCAACUUUGUGAAUCGUGUUAUUUUAACACUAUCAGGCUCGUACAACUUCCAGCUUUCAAGUUGUAGUUGCUUUUUGGAAGCAGGAGAAUAGAUGGCAUACGCGAGUAUAGCAUGUCUUAGAAGAAAAAUGGAACUGCUGCUGAUGUCUGAUUUGCCAAUACUGUCCCUUGCUUUUUGUCACAGAGAAGAAAUUGCAGCUCUUCAUAAGAAAGUGAGUUCUGUAGAAGCAUUUCUCAAGAACUCCGAGAAACAAAUCGGUAGUUAUGGGGCAAUGACAGAUUUGGAAGCGCAGAUAAAAGGUUUUGCGAAUGCUGCUGAAGACAAAAUUGAAUUUGGACUAGGAGAAGCUAUAAUAGCAGAAGAUGAAAUGCAGAGAAGAAAAGCACAUGAGGAACUUUGUGAGAGCUUGCAACAAGUAGCGAAGGACAUUGACCGUGUCCAAGAAGAGUCGAAAAAGAUUCAAGAUCAUAAAGGUAGACAAGCAUCGACAUGGUCCUUGGCACGAGAUCCAAGUUCAGAAAAAUUACCUAAUCUGGAAGUUUCGAACAAUAUGGUGGGACGCGGCAAGGAAAAGAAAAGGGUGCUUGAAGAGCUCAGAUGAGGCUCUUCUCGCGUACUGGAAAGCCACAAAUGACAUUUUUCCUGUCCUUGAGCACCUUGUGCUUAACAAAUGCCAUAAGUUGAAAGAGAUACCCAUUGAAUUUGCAGAAAUCCACACACUACAACUGAUUGAGUUAACAAGGUGUCUUUCCGAACUUGGGGAAUCUGCUGCAAGAAUUCAACAAUAACAAGAAGAGGUCGGAAACAACCCCGUGGACGUUCGUAUCUCUGAUCCAUGGUAUAUUGAAGACUCCAAGUAAAGCAAACAAUGUUAUAAAUAGUCAUAAAUUGUUAUCUCAGAAUAAGUUGUGAAAUUUCUGGAAAGCCGCUUCAAUAGGACUCUGAAGGCAUUUUUUCACUUGAUUGUUGUAAUAUGUAUUCACGCGUCCUAUUUAUGAGAUAUGUAUGAACACAUGACCAUCAGUACUGUCCUGUUUAGUGGUAUUUCAAAG